AUGGUUUGGACAAUUAAUGGGUGGGCAGAUCUUGACGCGGAAGAAGAGAUUAGUGACGGGAAAUGGGAAAGCCCGGAGCCCACUUGGUCAAUCAGCUGUGAUCGGUCCCAUUUUGAGUAUGAUCUUUGCUACAUCAACCGUCCAUUUGCCUAUGAUCCAAAGGCCUCGAUGUUGUCUUCUGUGGACCCCACCAACUCGACCCCACCAUUGGCGGAAAGGAUCUUACCGUACCCCCGCAAAUGGCAGCACAACGCCAUGGAAUAUGUCAGAGAGAUCAAGCUCACCACAAAGCCGCUCGGCUCUCCCUGCGCUGUCACGCACGCUGCGCCAGCCCUCAUCUUCAGCGCGGGCGGCUUCACCUCCAACAUUUUCCAUGAUUUCAACGAAGGCUUCAUUCCUCUAUACGUCACCGUUCACGAGUUCUUCGCCGGCCGAGACGUCAUUUUGGCGAUCGUGAAUUGCAGCGGCUGGUGGCUAGACAAGUACGCCGACCUAAUCCCGCGCUUCUCGCGCCACCCUAUCAUCAACCUGGAUCGCGAGACCGCCGUCCAUUGCUUCCCGAAGGCGAUCGUCGGGCUCAUGUCGCACGGCCCGAUGACGGUGGAUCCGACACUGCAGCGCCGGCCCGACCAGAAGACGGUCCGCGAUUUCCACGCCCUGCUGGAGAGCACCUACGGCCAACGGCAACGGCGCAGCCGCCCCCCGCCGGCGCCUAAUUCGAGGCCGCAGCUCGUGCUGAUGAGCCGAACAACGCACCGCGUGUUGCUGAACCAAGACGAGUUCCUCCAAGCCGCGAAGGAGGUAGGCUUCGACGCGGUGGCGUUCGAGCCGGCGCGCGACACGCCGAUGCGAGAGAUCUUCAGGAUUCUCCACGGCAGCCACGCGAUGGUCGGCGUUCACGGAGCGGGACUGACGAACGAGCUGUUCCUCCGGCGAGGGGCGGUCUUCGUGCAGAUCGUGCCGAUAAGGAACAGCUGGCUGGGGGACAUAUGCUACGGGAAGCUGGCGGUGCGGUUAGGGCUAGAGUACAUGGCGUACGACAUCGGGGUGGAGGAGAGCAGCCUGUACGGGCAGCAUCCGAGGGAGAUGCUGGACCCGAACGAUCAAGGAGGGAUGCUAAUGAGCAACUGGUCGCACUGGGAUAUGUACAUGAAUCAGAACGUGAGCCUGGAUUUGGGCAGGUUUAGAAGGUACCUGGAGAGGGCUUACGAGAAGGCGAAGCUCUUCAUGCUGAAGGCAAGCCAUCGCCAUCGCUAG